AAACCAAGUGUCGUUUUGUCUUGAAUAGCUUGACGUAGAAUAUUUCCCGUUGAGAGAUGUACAACUCCUAACAAUUCCACUAGAAGUUCACAUUGCGUUCCUUUGCCACCAGCUGGCGGACCAAGAAUUACAAGACGUGGGGGGGAAACUAUACCUGCUCGCAAUUUCGAGAUAGGUUUUAGUUGUGAUAAGGCUACAGAAUUGGAUUGCUGCAUGAGUCACGUCGGGACAAGUGUCGUACGGGUUCGUAGUGAUGAAUAGAGUUUGUAGUUGACUUGGUGGGGAAUCUUGAACUGAGACGUUAAAUUUAAUGUGAUCAGGAGUGUUAAACACAUCGUCUCAGUGAUUCUAAAUAUACCAAGCUGGCUUUACGCUCUGACGUCGAGGAAAUAUCAAGUGCAAAUGAUGUAAUUGAAAGCCUUCAAACAAAUGAGUUUCAAGGUCAGUAACGACUUAAUAAACAAAUUUAAUCGAGGAAUAAGUUCAUGUGUACAUUUUUAUGACUAAAUGGCAGUAGAAAGCAUUCUUUAUCUUGCGUCUAUGCUUACCAUGUACCGGUCCAUGCUUUAUCAUUUGAGUCGAAGCUUUCAAGAAGCUUUGAAACGCUUUCGACUUCGCACCUUGUUCAUAUGUUCCUCAAACAUCGAUUGGUAUUUGGAAAGUGAUAAUUUACAUCAAUCGGGUGUUUUGACUGAUCAAUCUCAGCAGCUAAUUUGCUGAGAUAUUCCAAGUAAUCUGAAUCGGUGACUUUGGCCUUCAC